CGGCGGAUGUGUUGGGAGUCGACAAAGAGUUCAGGGAUCGCGUGGCGGGUGAGAGGGAUAGGCUGUUAUGGCCAGGGAUUGGAUCGUUCGGACAAUUGAUGGAAUGGAUGGAAGAACAACCCGGAGAGAAGACCGACCAUCACAGACAUACUUCCCAUUUGUUUGGCGUAUAUCCCGGACACCAAUUCAAUUGGGAGACAACACCCACUUUGGCCAACGCGUCCCUGGUAUCGCUUAACGCCAGAGGUAUUGACUCGUCUAGUGAUGUGAGGGAGUGGUCGUUCGCGUGGCGCACAGCCAUAUACGCCCGGCUCAGGGAUGCCGAGAACGCCCACCACUUGCUCCGCGAGCUUUUGUCUGCACGUAAUACCUGUCCCAAUAUGUUUGGAUUACACCCUCCGAUGCAAAUCGACGGCAACUUCGGUAUAACCGCAGCCGUCGCCGAAAUGCUGGUCCAGAGUCACGCAGAAGUCAUCGAACUGUUGCCGGCUCUGCCCCGGGAGUGGACGGCCGGACACGCGAAGGGUCUGCGAGCGAGAGGGGGUCACCAGUUGGACAUCUAUUGGGCUAAUCAUACGCUGAAUAAUGUUUGGAUUGCGAGUGGGGUCGUCGCCGAUGUUAAACUCAAAAUUGGAAAUACUGUCAAAACAAUUAAAGUGGUUCCGUGU